UACGGCUGACAGAUGAGCACGACCCGAGGCAAACGCAAACACAAGUAUUAUAAAACAAAAAGACCCGCUAAACCAGUCAAGCCCAGCUCGCGACCGGCCGAGCCGGUCACUCUCAGCGUUGAAAACUCCAACCGCGUCAUUUACCAAAUUUCCACAAAUAUCCGAUCAUUGACCACCAGUGGACUUUCUUUGUGUAGAAAUUUUAGAAAACCCCCGUCUGUGUUCUCAAGGGCAAAACGGGAACAAAAUCAUUUCUUUUGUUCAUUCAGGUUCCUUGGAUUUGAGCUCACCUUCAUCUCAGGCUUCGCGUUUUCGUCUGUAAUCAAACAAGGGGGAAAUCUUGUUCUGAGCUGAUCCGUAGAAGCAUGGCUUUUUUGGCUGAGAUCUGCUGAUUUGUUUGGAUUAGGGAUAUUGAUUGAUGGGUACAUCAUCUGGGUCUAACAUCCACCAACAAUCUUCGUCCAAAAUGCUACCUCCGCGUCAGCAACCAUGGCCUGGAGGACUACAAACUUCUCUGUCUGUCGUCUCUUCAAAUGCCCGCCUCUCCCCUGAGGAACCCAGAUCAAAUUCUGAUCAAAUUCGUGAAUCCCCUACUGAGAGUGCUAGUUCUCGAGAAACUUGGCCUACUGCCGAUGCAAUUAUGGCAAAGAAGAUGAUGGAGAAUGGUAAAGGGGAGAAUGAUUGUCCUGAACAGUCGGUUAUUCGCCAUAUCCCUUCUGCAGAUAAGAUAUCCCUUCGGGAGAUAGCGAGAGAGAGAGAGAGAGUUGAUAUAAUCUCUGAAAAGAUGCACCGUUUACCUGAUGAGUUUCUAGAAGAGUUGAAGAAUGGACUCCGAGGUAUCCUUGAAGGCAAUGGUAGUUCGCAGCAAAGAGAAGAGUUUUUGAUGUUGCAGAAGCUUAUCCAGAGUAGGACUGACUUAACUGCUAAGACGUUGAUUAGAGCUCGCAGAAUACAACUUGAAAUUCUUGUUGCAAUAAAUAGUGGGAUUCAGGCAUUCUUGCAUCCUAGUAUCAGUCUCUCUCAGACUUCGCUGAUUGAGAUCUUUGUUUACAAGAGAUGCAGAAAUAUAGCAUGCCAAAACCAGCUCCCAUCUGACGAUUGUACUUGUGAGAUAUGCACCAACAGAAAUGGUUUCUGCAAUCUUUGCAUGUGUGUAAUCUGUAACAAGUUUGAUUUUGAAGUUAAUACCUGCCGCUGGAUUGGGUGUGAUUUGUGUUCGCAUUGGACUCAUACGGAUUGUGCUAUUCGUGAUGGACUCAUUUGUAUGGGCCCUUCUGUUAAUAGCGGAACAGGCCCAUCUGAGAUGGUUUUCAGGUGCCGGGCUUGCAAUCGGACAUCUGAACUGCUUGGUUGGGUUAAAGAUGUUUUCCACCACUGUGCACCAACCUGGGACCGGGAGGCUCUGCUGAGAGAACUUGAUUUUGUUAGUAGGAUCUUUCGUCGAAGUGACGACCCCCGAGGGAGGAAACUCUUUUGGAAGUGUGAAAUGUUUGUGGCUGCAUGUGAAAUGUUUCAAACCUAAGUACACUACUACUCUUGAAUGUUAAUCUCUCUGCUAGGGGCUAUGACCAAGUAGCAAAUAGUGGAAAAUAGUUGAAAGACUGGUAUCUUA